GGUUUGGGUAUUUCCUAAUUGAGGAAAGUCAAAAUACUGAUUGCAAGUGAAUCCUCCUCAGUCAGCCUGUUGGAUGUCUCUGAGAACAUAAGUCAUGGCAGAAAAUGAUGCAACGCCAACCUUACCAAAAAAGUGUGGCCCAUACAUUUCAUCUGUAACCAGUCGUGGCAUGAAUUUGGUAAUUCGUGGUAUAGUGCUGUUUUUUAUUGGCGUAUUUCUUGCAUUAGUAUUAAACUUGCUUCAGAUCCAGAGAAACGUUACUCUCUUCCCCCCUGAUGUGAUCACAAGCAUCUUCUCCUCAGCUUGGUGGGUACCACCUUGCUGUGGCACGGCAUCAGCUGUGAUUGGGUUAUUGUACCCAUGCAUGGACAGACAUCUGGGAGAGCCACAUAAAUUUAAGAGAGAAUGGUCCAGUGUAAUGCGAUGUGUAGCUGUCUUUGUGGGAAUAAAUCAUGCCAGCGCUAAAGUGGAUUUUGCCAACAAUAUCCAGCUGUCUCUCACGUUAGCAGCCCUGUCAAUUGGACUGUGGUGGACAUUUGAUAGAUCACGAAGUGGCUUUGGUCUUGGAAUAGGAAUUGCUUUCCUGGCCACAUUGGUGUCACAACUUCUGGUCUACAAUGGAGUUUAUCAAUACACGUCUCCAGAUUUCCUUUAUGUUCGUUCCUGGUUGCCGUGUAUAUUUUUUGCUGGUGGAAUAACUAUGGGCAAUAUUGGCAGGCAGCUGGCAAUGUAUGAAUGCAAAGUCAUUACAGAGAAGUCUCAUGAGGACUGAAGAGAAACAAUAUGCACCUUUUAAAUAGGAAAAUACCUGACAAAUGACUGUUGGAGGAACAUAAGGAACACUUGACUAUGGAAUUGCCAAAAUGCAAUUUUUUUUCCCUUGAGUGGUAUACUUUACUGCAAUCUGUGAUUGCUGCUUCUAUAGAAACCUUGAUGUCUGAUUUUGAUUACUGUGAAGUUACAAUAGUAUGCAAUACAUUUGACAAUAUUGGUUCAAUUACAGGAUUCUUUUUUCCAAAUCUAAGCUGAGUUUACCGUAAGUUGUCUGUCCAUAAUGUUGCAGUGCCAAACUGAACCUUUGCACUAUGUUUCUGUAGCUGAAAUUUCUUCAUUUUUAGCUUGAAAGUUUCGAGGAAUUUGUUUUUAAUAGCUCAGUGAAAGAGAGGGGAUUCAAAUUUAGGAAUAAAGAUCAUCUUCUCUUUCCAUGAUGAUAGCCUGUAAUAUCUUUAUGAAGUUCAUGGAUUACAGGUGAGCUUUGAUGCAAUAAGUAACUGAUUUCUGCCUAUUAA